CUCGGCCUUUGGCUCCAAGAGGCCCGAUGUCUGCCGUGUCACUGACCGUGCCACCGCCACCGCAGGACGAGGCGACGCCACUCGUGCGCGCCGAUGCUACCAGCGUCCAGCGCGACGAGCUCAAGCACGUGAUUCGACUCGGCCUUCCGCUCAUGCUUCAGCAGAUCGUGGACGUGACGCCGCAGGUGCUCAUCGUGAUGCUCAUUUCGCACUUGAACCAUGGAAUGUCCAAAGAGCUCAUGGCGGCCUCGGCGCUCUGCGGGCUCUUCUACCGCCUUACUGCGCGCUCGGUCGUGACGGGUAUCUCGACGGCCAUGUCGACCAUGUCGUCGCAGGCCCAUGGCGCCAACAAGCCAUGGGAGAUCGGGCUCUACUUCCAAGCUGGCAUUCUCGUGCUCGCCAUUGCGUACCUCCCGCUCGUCGCGUUGCUGCUCUCGUGCAGCCACAUCUUCGUCUUUCUCGGGCAGGUCGAGUCCGUAGCCGCGAUCGCAGGGCGCAUGAUGUGGUUUAACGUUCCCGCGCUUCCCUUCUACGCGCUCUAUGUGCUCCAGGCCAACUGGAUCCAGGGCCAGAACCGAGUUCUUCCGCUCGUGUUUGUCGACCUCGCGGGCCAAGCCUGCAUGAUCUCGACCGCCUACAUCCUCAUGUACCAUACGCCCCUUGGCAUCGUCGGCGUCGUCGCGGCCGGUGCCAUCACCGAAGUGCUCAAAUGUUCAGUCCUCUUUGGCUACAUUGUCUAUUCCGGCCUCUUGGCGCAAGACUGGAAGGGCUGGGACCUGCCCGCCGCGUGGCGCCUUGUCCCGAGCUUCGCGUCGCUCGGCGCCGCUGGUGUCGUUGUUACCAUGUGCAUGGCGUACGCCAAAUACACGAUCACGAUCUUGGCCGGGCGUCUUCCGGACGGCGCCGCGGCCAUUAGCGCCAGCGCUGGCUACGACCUCCUCGUCGCCUGCUUUGGCCUCGUCGUGCAAGGGCUUGCGGUGGCGGGCUGCAUUCGUGUCGGGAAUGCACUCGGUGCGAACGACGCGCCGCGCGCCAAGACCGUCGCCCGCCUCGUACUCUGCCUCGCUGCUGCCUACGGCCUUUUCGCUGGCUGCGUCAUGGGUCUCUUCAAGGACCUCUACCUCGCCGUGUACAUGAAGGACCCGACCGUGCGCCACUUGGCGUCGGGGCUGAUUCUGACGGCAGCGCCGUUUCAGGUCGCGACGGCGCUCCUCACGACGCUUCUAGCGAUCUUGCAGGGCUGCGGCCUCCAGAGUGUCGGCGCCAAAAUGUCGUUCGCUGCGUACGCUGUCGUGGGCAUCCCGCUCGGCGCGGCGCUGGCCUUCUACAACCAGAGCGAUAUUGCAGGGCUCUGGCUCGGCGUGCUUCUCGGCAUCACGAGCGUCACUGCUGGCGGCCUCUUCUGGCUCACGCGCCUCGACUGGGACCAGCUCGCGGCCGACGCCAAGGAGCGCACGCGAGACACGUCGUCGUCAAAGGCAUAGAUUCCUCCAUGGCCUCGCUGCGUGUUUGACGUGCAUCGCGUUGUGUCAAAAAAGGGUUGAACCGAUGCGUUUAACAAAAAUAGAGUCCAGUUUUGCCUCCGGA